AUGUGCAAAUAUUACGUAUUCCCGGCUGUCUCGCCUGUUUGCACUGCGGCACCGAGACACGUCCUGUACACCCGGGUGUAUUUCGAGGUGCAUGACAAACCGGUUAAUGCCGAUAAGGACUCCGAGUUCUGCGACGAUGAGCAUUCAGAGCAGGUGAAUAUUUUUGAGGCCUACCGUAUGUCAAAGCCGCCGUUCCUGGUGGGGGAUCGGGGUUUUCAUGAUGCCUGUCCUGGAUGCGAGCGCGAGAAGAACGGGAAGAAGUUGGAAGUCUUCACGGAGCGAGUUGAUAAGUUCUGUAAUGAUGAGAUUCCUCACUCUAUUCGCUCUGUGUGGGAAUCCGAUACUUCGGAUGAGGACGGUGAUGAUAGCAACGACUCCGGGUCCUCUGAUGGCGAAGAGCGUUUCGAAGUCGUUGACGUCUAUCCCGAAGACGAGUACGUGGACAUCGGACAGGAGCUUGAUGAUAGCUAUUUCUUCUAG